GCACCGGGGGGGACUUAAGGCGCCUUCUGCAGCGCCUGCAUGUCAACAAGCAGCAGCAGCAGGAGGAGGACAGUUUCUGCUUCUAUUAAAACCGUCUCAUGCAUGAACAGAAUCACUGACCGCUGCUGUCGGACACUAAGUCUGUCUUCCUCUGCUCUGUUUGUCGGUGUUUAGCGGCUCUCAGCCCCGACAGAACCCGACAUGGCUCCGUACAGCUUCAUGUCUGCAGGUGUUAGCUUGUUGGCUAAGUCCUUCAGUGUGCUCUCACUCACAAACACUCUGACGAGGUCUACCACUGUCCUCCCAUCUUCAUUCUUCAACCCAGUGAGAUGUCUGACCUCUCAGGCCGGCAGCCCUCCAAAGAGACCUCUGAACGGAUACAUGAGAUUCGUUGUGCAGCAGAAGCCAACCGUGGUCAGACAAAACCCAGAUAUCAAAUCAGUGGACAUCGUCAGGAAGAUCGCUCAGGAGUGGAGACUCCUGAGUCAAGCGCAGAAACGGCCGUUCGAAGAGGCCUCUCAGCGGGACAGGGAGCAAUUUAAGGUGGACCUGCAGCGCUACCAGGCCCAGCUGACCCCAGCACAGCUCCUGCAACAAGCCACGGAGAGGAGAAUGAGACUAGCCAAGAGGAAAGCCAUCCGCAAGAAGAGGGAGUUAAACAACCUCGGGAAGCCAAAACGUCCACGCUCUCCGUUCAACAUUUUUAUGUCGGAGCACUUUGAGGAAGCCAGAGGGACCAACACACAGGAGAAGAUGACGUCACUGAGAGACGACUGGAAGAACUUGUUCAGUCAUCAGAAACAGGUUUACAUACAGCUGGCCGAAGAUGACAAAGUUCGCUACAAAAACGAGAUGAAGUCUUGGGAGGAGCACAUGGUGGACAUCGGACGAGAAGAUGUGAUCAGAGAGCAGACGCAGUCUGCACGGAAGAAAGCCGCAGCAGCUGAUGCUAAAACCAAGCCAGGAACCGAGAAGAAGGUCGCAGUUAAGGCUAAAGCUAAGCCAGCGAAGAAGACUGCAGCGAAGUCGAAAACAACCAAGACGAUAAAGAAGAGUACUACUGCAAAAACCACCAGAACUACGAAGAAAUAAGAUGUUUGUCUACUGAGUUUAAGGGAAAGUGUUAAGGACAGUUAAAGGAAACGUGAUGAUGAUGUAAGGCAGUGUUCUGUCUGUUUUUCUCAACUUGAAAGUCAAAAAGUUCCCAGCUGGAGGUUCACAGAGACCAAGCUUUUACCAAAACCAGACAGAUCACGUUACAGCUCCUCUUGACGCCUCUGCUCAGUGGAGCUUACACAAAGACACUGAAGCAGAACGAUCAGUCACCAUCAGCAUGAAUGUGCCUCCUAGCUCUGAUUGGGUAAAUAAAAACCGGAUGAAAUGUAAAGGUGAAUGUACGAGGCACUGAUACUUCUGAUCUGUCUGCAGCUUUUCAAAGGUUUCACAGCUCUGAGUGUAACCACACCAUACUUAAGAAGAACAUAAAGGUUACUGCUGCCUCCUAAAAACAGAAACCUUCUCAGAUUUGGUUUUUCAGGAGGAGUAUAGAAGAAAAGAAAAGAAAAG